CUCUCUCUCUCUUUCUUUCUCUCACCCUCCACCUCUGUCCUCUUCCUCUCUCUGUCUCUGUGCAGCAUGACUAAUAAAUGGCAGUGAGCAGCGUGGCUCAGCCGGACCUCUGCUAGUGCUAGUGGUGUGCUGUCCACACCCUCCAGCCCUCCUCGCUCUCGCUCUUCUUCUUCCUCCUCCUCCGCUUCUCUUCUCUUCUCUUCUGGUUCAUGCUCGCCAUUACCCCCCUUUGCAAUAAACCCUCGCAAAACCUCCAACCUCCAACAAACCAAGACUACAGUUUUGGUUGGUACGACUUCGGGGGGUGUCAGCCAAUCACCAUGGGGGAGUGAGCGACUCCCUUCUCGAUUCUUGAUCAAUUAGGGGAGGGAAGAUCCACAGAGUUUGAGCAACCAGCCGCGGUUUCCACCCCGCAAUUCCUUUUCUUUAACCCUUUCCACCCCUAAAGUUUCAUCCGAUUUGAUCCAACAAAAACAAAAGUAAGGCCAAGAUCGAGGCGCCGCCUUUCUUGCGCAAAUCCCUCCCUUUCUGCGGUCCCCUGCAACCUCCAAUUUUCUUUGUCGAUCCGUUCGAUCGCUGGGCUGUUCGCCUGCGUGCGUGCGUGCGUGCGUGCGUGGGUGGCAGAGGAGGAGGAGGAGGGGGGAGAGCUUCCCUCUGAUGAGCAGCAGCAGCAUCGCCGCCCGUCGAUGACUGAGCGCUGCCACCAAUGCUCUCGGGGUGCUCGGUGUCCAGUCUCGCGGCGAGGUUCGCCUUCUUCCCGCCGGACCCGGCCACGUACGCCGUCCGCAAGGACGAGGCCACGGGACGCCUCGUCGCCUCGGGCGUCCCGAGGGACAACGCCAUGGACGUGCUGCUCGUCGACACCAGGAGGGGGAACAAGGUAGUGGCUUUCUACCUCAGGAACCCCUGCGCGCGCCUCACCGUGCUCUACUCGCACGGCAACGCAGCCGAUCUCGGCCAGCUCUACGAUCUCUUCGUGCAGCUCAAGGUCAAUCUCAAGGUCAAUCUGAUGGGAUAUGACUACUCGGGGUACGGAGCAUCUACUGGCAAGCCAAGUGAAGAGAAUACAUAUGCAGAUAUUGAAGCAGUUUACCAAUGCUUAGAAACUGAGUACGGAAUAAGCCAGGAAAACCUUAUCUUGUAUGGACAAUCUGUUGGGAGUGGGCCAACACUGCACUUAGCCUCUCGUUUGCCAAGAUUACGUGGUGUGGUUCUCCACAGUGCUAUACUGUCAGGCCUCCGUGUUGUUUGCCAUGUGAACUUUACUUUCUGCUUUGACAUUUACAAAAAUGUCAAAAAAAUAAAGAAGGUGAAAUGCCCAGUGCUUGUUAUUCAUGGGACUGAUGAUGAUGUUGUGAACUGGUCACAUGGUAAUGAGCUGUGGAAACUGGCCAGGGAGCCGUAUGAUCCACUAUGGAUCAAAGGGGGCGGUCACUGCAAUCUGGAGCUGUACCCUGACUUCAUCCGCCACCUCUCCAGGUUCAUCCGUGAAAUGGAAAGUAUCACAACAAAAACAAUGCUCAAGAAGAUUCGACAGUCCCUGCAGCCAACAAAGGCCGCGCACCGCGUGAACACCGCAACAACCACCACCUUCACCACUAACUGCUGCUGCCGUAUCCGAGUGCGCAAACCGACCUGCCCCAGCUGCAACUUCAGCUGCAGCUGCUGCCAUGGGCUGAGGAACUGCUUCACAUUGCCAAAAUUCAAGUGCCCAGCCUGCCUCUCCUUCAGCUGCAGGGGCUGCUUCAAGUGCUGCUGCUGUGGCGGAGGGGCGAGUUAAAACCGAUCUCUAUGUGGGUGUGUAUAGGGAAAGGAACGGUCCUGGAGAUAUCUAACCAUUUGAAUGCUGUAGGAGUAAACUUAGAUUUUCAGUUAGUAGCAUCCAGUUCUUCCCCGUUCUCCUAUGUAGUUGCUCGUCAUAUUCGUAUAAUGAUGGCAUAAGCUGUGCGCUGUCGAGCAUAGAGCAGUCGUAAUGUUCUGAACUGAUUUGUACCCACCAAUAUUUCAACUGUUGUGGUAUAUUUCCCAUCAUAGAA